CCAACUCGAAACGAUUGUCAAACACUCGCAACGCCCGGUACUUUAAUUUUCCAUUUUUAUAGGAUCGUUUCGGACGAGAGAAAAAUCCAGGUUAAUGACACUUCACCGUCGGCAUCCAGCUGGAUCUGUGCGACAUGUUUAACGACUUUUUCAUGAUAACGCAUUCGGUGCAGUGCGCUAAUAAAUUUUGGCGCUUCGCGUAAAUGAUGCGGAAAAUUAUCGGAUGGCAAUGCUGUACAAUAAUUUAUUAAAGCUAUUCCCUGCACUAUGUUGGGGCCUAGUUAUGCUGUUUGGAACGACACGGGCGCUGGCGCCUACCGUCGAUCCCCGGAUACAACUUUUGAACCUGGCCAACAAUGCCGGUAUAAAAACCAACCGAUUAGUUCCUUUUGAUUAUUCCUGGAUUCUUACCGGACCUGUUGAUCCCAGAAUUCGAGUACACGGCCUACUGGAGACGACGGAUGUCCAGUGUCGCAGUCUGCCCGACUCCUGGCAAGUCAAUCGCACCGGCCUACGCACAGCCUGUCAGUGUGAGAAAAUUCUCUAUAAUCGCGACGGCGCCGCUUUAAAUCGCUUCUCCGAUACACGUUUGCGAGAGUUGGGCAAAGUGACCGGCGGCGUAGCGUUCUCAUCCAACGCCACCUGGUUAAACACCGGUAUCAAGUACGUGGAAGCCGGCAUUUGUUAUCCGGGCCCUUGCUGUCCACUGAUCACUUCCGGUGAUAAAGCAGCGGCUAUUACUUUGAACGCUCUGGACAACGUCUACGCCAGCUUGCCUUUGAGUGCAUCCAGUGUUUUGUUUGCAAAUUUUUUGCCAGUGAUGACUAUUUAUGUCUUCCACUACUGUUUACAAGGAUAACUGCACUAUUAUUUAGUACGCUGUACAGUCCACAACUGUCUCUCAGAUAAUUUAAGUCAGCUAAAUAAAGCGUAAC